CGCGCCGACCGCGCAGUCUCUUCCCGCUCGGCCGCCAGACUCCGGCCGUUUCGCGCGCUUUUCUGACAGUUCCUGUGUUGCUAUUGCUACACUAGAAAAAUAGUGAAUUAAUCAAAAAUGAGAAUAAGAUGGUGUAUAAUGUUGGGCGCGGUGUUGGCGCUGGCCGCGGCUGCCUCCGAGGAGAGCGAGGACGGCGUGCCUGACGCAGGAGUCGAUGGUGACGAGGAAUUAGCGCUAAAUGAAGAGGAAACAAGAAACCUACGUCCGCGAGCGUACACUCCGGCGGCUUUCUCCAACGCUCUACCGAGCGGGUUCCGACCAACGCCAUCACUGGCCGAGCUGGCGGGCUACCAGCAGCGUCCGCAAGAGCAGCAGGAGUACGUCGUCGUACCCACCCGCCAGUACGAGGAUCAAAGGCCACAGCAAAGAGCGCCGCAUAGAAAGCAACAAGACCAACGUCCAGCUAAAUUCCAGCAGCAACAGAUCCAGGAAACAUUAGAAGAGGAGGAAGAAGAAGAGAAGGAGGAACCUGAUCGUCUGUCGCAGCUGCUGCAACAGUCCAAGUUCAACUGCGUCAGCAAACAGACCGGCUACUACGCGGACGAGGAGCUAAACUGCGAGGUCUUCCAUUACUGCCAGGAUAAUGUCAAGCACUCCUGGAUCUGUCCUGAGGGAUUCAGCUUCCACCAGGUGCACCUGAUCUGUAUGCCAUCGACUCAGGAGAACAUCUGCCAGAGAUCAUCAAAGUACCACUUCGUGAACGAUUACCUGUACCGGCCGAUCAACCAGGAGGAGGUGCAGCGCAAGCCCAACGUCUCCCUCAAGUACUCCGACCGCUUCUACCCCUCGGAGGUCUACAGGGACGACAGAUACGAACAGGAAGAAGAAGAAGAAGAGGAGGAGCAGGCCAGGCGCACGGUGGCGCCGCAGCCGACGCGUGCUGUGCCGCGCCCGCAGCAGCCGCAAGUGUUCCGCGCGCCCGAGGAGGUCAACAUACCUCUCGUGCAGAGACGCCCACAGCGCCCUUACGAAUUUGACUUCUAAACUUAACAUCUAACAAGUUAUUGAGUGAAACUGGUCACUUAUUACCAGAAAUAUAAACGCCUGAUUAAAUAAAAUAGCACGAUCAAUCAAUCAAGAAGAAUUAAAAUUUUGCUAUAUUGAAUAUGAUUGCUCAGUUUCCACAUUUUAUAAUUUUUAUAAUCUGCCGUUUGACGAAAACAUG